CACUUAUCAAUCUAUUUUUAUGUGUUAGUAGCUAAGUAUGUGGAAUACAAUAUAAAAUUUUUAGUACGCCUUUGUUUAAUAAUUCGGUUUGACGUCGUUGAUGGGAAGUUUUUAAUAAAAGAAGUGGAUAAUUAGACAAAUAAAAUGUUUGCGCUGAAUGUCUCAUGUCCAGUGUGUAAGGCGGCGUUUACAAAUUCCGAUGCCAUUUACAGUACCAGUUGCGGCCACAUAUUCCAUUUCUCUUGCAUGAACCAGUGGCGAUCCAAAUCCACCAGUUGCCCUCAAUGCAGAUCUUACAAUCCCACUACUCACAGCAUUUAUUUGAACUUUGAGGACACCCGCGAAUAUGAAACAAUUGUGAACGACUUAAAGACAAAGCUGCAGAUUAGCGAUGCUAAAGUUAAUAAAACUAAAGAAGAAGUAGAUAAAAAAGAACAGAAAAUAGAUGAAAUUAAAAGGCUGUAUAAUAUUUCUGAACAGUGGCGAGCAGAACUGGAAAAUAAAAUACAGAACUUAUCCCACGAACUUCAAGUUAAAAACGUAAAUCAUACGAAAGAGUUGACUAUGAAAUUAAACGAAAUUCAGUCUUUAAAAACUCACAUCGAAACAGUGCAACGAGCAGAAGGUGUCCACGAACUGUGUGAAAAGAUCAACAAAUUGGAAGAGGAAUUGAAACAGACUACAAUGCUAUUAACCACGGAAAAUUCAAAACUUAAAGAGAACCUAAACGAGGCCGAAGCAUCGAAAAUAAUCUUAAAUCAUAAAAUAGAAAUGCUAGAGCAAAGACUAAAACAUGUUACAUUAGAGCUUAAAAAGCAAAUUGAAGAAAGUGUCCACCAAUCCAUGGACAACAUAAUAUCUACAGAUAAACAGACAAAACUUAAUAAGGGCAGAAUGCGUCAUAACAACAAACACAAUAAAACGGCAUCUGAAACUAUAUUGACUGAACAGAAGUCUAAUGCUGUUCAUACAUUAGAAGAGGAGAAAAAUGUCGACCUGUCCUUGGAUAAAAAAACACGUAUAACUCCAGAAACAAAGCCAAAGCAUAAGAAUGGUAACAUGCAACAUAACAGCCACAAAACGGUAGAUUUAACAAAACUAAAUAUCAAACGUACGCGACAAUUUGAACUGACACAACCCAACGAUUGCAAAGUUAUAAUUAAAGAUUUCCCCAAAGAUGAUAUAGUGUAUCCCUUAACAAAUGCAGUGAUUGUACUGGCUUCUAAAAUGUCCCUGACACUCAGUAGCGAGGAUAUGUCAAAAGUUAGCAUUGUAGAACAUAAAAAAAUAACUAACUGCACAAAUAAAGUCGUACUAUUGGUAGAAUUCAAGACAAUUGAUGGAAAAAUAAAAUUUCUAUCGAACAGAAAUCGAUUGAAAUUCAAUUCAUCAACCAAGUUCAUACAAUUAAAAGAAUACAUUGAUGAAGCCGUAUAUCCGGUAUUUAUGUAUGCCAAUAGGCUUCUAAGAGCCAAUGGUUAUGAGUACAUUAUUUGCAAAGACAAUAAAGUUUUUGCCAAAAAGAAUCGUCAUGAUAUUGCUGAAAUAGCCAUAAAAAAUAGAAAUGAUGUCGAUAGACUUUUAGGUCGUCCAUUAUCACAAAAUCCAAUUAGACUCCAGCCGAGGAUGAGGAAUACGUCAUAUAAUUUAUUCGAGGAUUAUGAAAAGUUCCCGUUUUAUAAUUUAAAUGAUCCAUACGAAAUCUUAACUCAUGAAAAUUACGAAUACUGGGAUUAAAUUUAUAUAUACAAAUCCAAAUUCGUGUCCUUCCCUUAUAUCCUGAAAAUUGAAAAUAUUAAAAAAAUUAAUCAAAAUUUUGUACAAUAAUUUUCUGGAACAUUUUUAACGUUUUGAACAAAUUUGGAUGAAUUCGGAGCAAGGACACUACAGGAUCAAAAAUGUCCUUUUUCAAAAAUUAAAACAAAUUUACAAGAACUUAAAUUUUUAUAUCGUAGUUUUGUAAUUGAAACACUUAUAAUAUUCCCAAUAUGUCAAUAAAAUAUUGUUUUGGAAUGGGAGGAAGGACAUACACAUACUUAUUAUUUACAUAAAUGGAUUAACCUCCAUAUAAAAUAAGUUUUUUAUGAGAAGGGUAUAUAUAAGUUUGUCAUUCCGUUUGUAAUUUCUACAUUUUUCAUUUCCGACCCUAUAAAGUAUAUAUAUUCUGGAUCCUUAUAGAUAGCGGAGUCGAUUAAGCCAUUUCCGUCUGUCUGUUGAAAUCAAUUUUCUGAAGACCCCAGAUAUCUUCGGGAUCCAAAUCUUCAAUAAUUCUGUCAGACAUGCUUUCGAGAAGUUUGCUAUUUAAAAUCAGCAAAAUCGGUCCAUAAAUAACGUAUAUAUGAGCAAAAAACCGGGACUACCUCGAUUUUUUACCUAUAUCUGGAUUACUAAGUCAUUAAUAUAGACAAUAUGGAUAUCUAAUGAUAGAUAUUUCAAAGUCCAUUGCAACGAUGCCCAGCAAAAAAUUUCCCAAAAUGUAAUCGAGUAAGGUAAUUAAGCAUUUUCAAAGAAUUGGUUACCAAUUGCAUUGCCUAAUCGAUUCUUUUUGCAAGGCAUGAGACUAAAGUAAGUUGUUCUUUGGAAUAUAAUUUUACAUAUAUAAGUAAUUCCACCUGCUUUAUAUAGAAUUGGUUUUAUUUUUAUUUUAAGAACUAGUUUUUUAAUUAAAAAUGUAAUCUAUUCCCUUCAAUGAUAUAAGAACCACAUCUAAAUAAAAUAUAACAACUAUUUCUUUUUUCCUCAAUUGAAACUACUUCCCGAUAAAUAAAAAUAAUUAAUUCUUUUAAUAAUAAAAAAAUAAUAUAUUUUUUUAAUUCACUGUUAUUAAAUUUACAUUAUUUACAUAUUAAAGGAAAUUGUUUUAAAAGUUAAAAUUUAAUUUUUGCUGAUAUAACGGCUUUGCAAAGUUCUCCAUAAAAUUCAAUCUUAGGAUGACUCUGCCACUGGAAAAAAGAAUUAUUUCAUACAUAAUUUAUUAUAUAUCAAAAUGUUAAUGACAAAAAAUACUUACGAAAUAAAAUAUUGAUAACUUUCUUAAAGUCUUAAGGCCGUUUUUUUGCCAUGUAUACCCCGAACAUUAUAGUUUAUGAUUAGUUCCUUUGAAAAUAUAUUUAGUAUGCCUUUAUGUAACCCUUUUAUACUCGCUUUACUGAAGAUACCUUAAGUAAAUAAAUAAUAAAAUAUAUAAUAUGUAUACAUAUAAAAAUAAUGAAAUUAAUAAAUAAAUAAAUAGGUAUUUACAA